AUGAAGACGGCAAUUCUAGCUUUAAUCUGUCUACAACUAGCUGAUUCAGCAGCAGUUUUUGAUAGAAACUAUACAAAACCUUAUGUCUUGAAGAAGACUUGGGUUCAAAAUUUUAUCAAGUUCCAGUACAUUUUUGAGGGAAAUCAACAGAAGCCAAAGAUUGUGCCGCUAGGAUGCUCUCCAACCAAUGUGGAUAGUGACGACUACUUGAAACCAGGAGAGACCAGCAUUGAGCACGACUUCUUGUUCUCGUGUGAAGAAGGAGAAGAUGGUGUCUUGAACUAUGAAGCUACUGCAUGUAUCGAUGCUUAUGGACAAGUCAUGCAUCCAGGAGAGAAAAGAAGUCUCAGCAACGGAACUGUUGUUCUUCACUGUAACAUCUAUGGAGGAGCAUUGAAAAAGGUUGUCGAGAGAGCAGCUGGUUGUUAUUUCAACGAAACGAUUUAUUCUGAAGAUGAGAAAUGGGUUGAGCUACAAGUCAAUCCAGUUGAUUCCUCAAUCGACGGACGUCUCAUGCAAUGCUUCCGUCCACAUUACAGCUAUUACGAGAGCCACGUCGUCGGAUGUGUUAUUGGAAAACUGGGAGUUCUUAUCGGAGAAUUCGGACAACUUCUAGAUGGAUCUUACGUGAAAUGUGUUGAGGCUGAACUAGGACAUGUUAGCUUGAAGCAAGUCAGCGUCGAUGAAUUGCAAUGUAACAUGGAUGACAAGACCUUUGCUCAUGCCAGCCAAUGGACCGAUGAGAAGAAGGGUGCAAAUAUGAAAUGCAACUUUGGACAUAUCGUAAAGGAGUCCUGUGUAAUUGGAAACGAAACUCUCCCAAUUGGACAAGAAGUUCCAGUAUCUCGUGGAUGCAUCUUCCUCUGCCAUCCACAAACCAACGUCUACAUCUGUGAUAACUAUUUGCCAGAAUUCCAAGUGGUUGAUACAGAGUCAGAGGACUUGGGACCAAUCGAGGGAAAUCAAGUUGUGGUUGAACAACCCGACAAGAAGAAAUCCCUGAAAACCGUUUUCAAAUUCUAG